AUGACAGACGUACGGCCAGAGCANAAACACAACCCGAGUCACGACCUCAGUGGAAACAACUCGGAAAAAGAUGAUGAAACAACACGCAGCCCCAGCCCGGUUGGCGAACAGAACGAGAAGGCUCCUGUCGAUGCUCAAGGACGAAGAGAAUUGAAAGAAAUCGAUGCCCCCGAGAUCCUGGCAUAUGCGUGGCCAACAUGGAAGAAGUGGAUGUACCUGUCUGGCGUUGCCGCCAUUCAGAUUUCCAUGAACUACAACACUUCAGUCUUUCCUAGUGCCGUGACACCUCUGUCAGAGGCUUUCGGUAUUGGUGCGCAAGAAGCAAGAACUGGUCAGAUGAUCUACUUGAUCCUGUACUCGUUCGGUUGCGAGCUGUGGGCGCCCUGGUCUGAGGAGUUCGGUCGUUGGCCCAUCCUCCAGCUUUCAAUGUUCCUCAUCAACAUCUGGCAAAUUCCUUGCGCUUUGGCUCCCAACUGGGGGACCAUCCUGGUUUGCCGGGCUUUGGGUGGUCUUUCUACUGCUGGCGGUAGUGUCACUCUUGGUCUUAUUGCCGACUUGUACCAGCCCGAGGAGCAACAGUACCCUCUGGCUUUCAUUGUCUUGUCCUCUUGUAUCGGUACCAGUAUCGGAGGUGUCAUUGGCGGACCUAUUCAACGCUUCCUCGAGUGGCAGUGGUUCUUCUGGAUCAUGCUCAUCUUCGGUGGUGUCGUCCAAGCCGUCCAUUUCUUCAUGCCCGAAAGUCGUUCGACCAUCCUCCUCGACAGAGAAGCCAAGCGUCGUCGUAAGACUGGUGAGGACCCUAACAUCUACGGUCCCAACGAACUCAAGUCGCCGCGUAUCUCGCUCAAGGAAGCCGGCAAGGUCUGGAUUCGUCCCUUCGAGAUGUUCCUCCGCGAACCCAUCGUACUUUGCCUGUCUCUUCUUUCUGGAUUUUCCGAUGCUCUCAUCUUCACUUUCCUUGAAUCCUUCCCGGAAGUGUACACCAAGUGGGGAUUCGGUAUUCUUGCACAGGCUUGGGCUUUCAUCCCCAUCAACCUCGCCUACUUCCUCGCCUAUCUCAUGUACCUCCCAUGCUUCAUGCGUGACAACCAGAUCCGCAGGAGGAAGGGACCCGAUUGCUUCUUGCCAGAGCGUCGUCUCAAGGUGCUGCUAUGGCUUGCUCCUUUGGAACCUAUUGGCCUGAUAGGCUUCGCCUGGUGUUCCCUUGGUCCUGCCUACAACGUCCACUGGAUUGCUCCCAUGAUCUUCUCCACCCUCGUUGGUAUUGCGAACUACGCCAUUUACUUCUCGUCGGUUGACUACAUGAUCGCCGCAUACGGUGUCUACUCCGCCUCCGCUUGCGGUGGUAACGCCUUUGCUCGUGAUUUCUUGGCUGGUGUUUCGGCCAUGUACGCCACUCCUCUCUAUACAAACAUCGGCGGACAUCCUACAGAAUACGCCAGUACCAUUCUCGCUGGAGCAUCGGUUUUGGUCGUGAUACCAAUCUACGUCUUCUACUGGAAGGGACCCGUCAUUCGUGACAGAUCGAAGUUCGCAAAGACCCUGGCAGAAGACCGCAAGAAGGAGGGAGUACGUCGUCUCAGUUAUGCCGACAACUUGCCUGCUUAA